AUGUACAUUAUCCGCGAGCGUCCUAACCCUCUGUACAGCGGGUCCGAGGGCAUUGCUGUGAACCCCGAUGGUACCAACCCGAUGGGUCCCGAAAAUCGUCCUGCUACAGGUGAUGAGAAUUUGACUAUGAAUUCCUUGGGGCUGUUGCACUCGCAUCUACCUCAAUCCGAAGUGGAGCUGGACAACCUGACUGAGUUCAAUACGGCUCACAAUCGGCGAAUUGCCAGCAUCGUGGACGUUGCUUCCAGCCCGUCCGUGUUGGGAUUACGUCAAAUGAAGAAGCGCAAGCUACAUAGCGUGCACUUCAAUGAUGCAGAUGAAAUUAUAAAUCCAGAAGAUGUCGACCCAUCAAUUGGCCGAUUCCGCAACUUGGUGCAGGAGACCUUCAUCCCGAAUAAGCGAUCCAAAGGUCAUGAAGGAGAAUUUCUGGGUGUCGCCGCACCAGACAGUUCCGAGACUCUGAAACGGUCCUCCGAUAAUGUUGUUCGUUCCCCUACCAACGGCACACUACCAAACACAUCGACCACAAGCAGUCUCAUGUCACUGAAUGCCCUUUUCGGGCCCACCUACAGCUUGGCAACCAAACUGGGCCUUCCCUUGCCCAACCUGGCCCCGGAUAUUGACUCGGAACCACACGAGCCAACUUUACCCCCUACACUAGCAAUGCUACAUGCCCAUGCGCAUUCUCGUCCAGGAACACUAACAGGAGCGCUGGCAGAUGGUAAACAGAACGCUCGAUUGAGUGCAAACGAUAUCCUCGGAGCAGAUAAUGAAGGACCAAAUGAAGUUCUCGAAACGGGUCUCGUGGAGUCGGAAUUCCCGAAACGCAAGAAGUACGCAAAAGAGGCAUGGCCUGGCAAGCGACCCGGGCUUUUGGUUGGACCCACUAUCUAACCUAACCAUUUUUGCCUGCACUCCCUCAAGAAUGAACCGCAUAUGCUAACAGACGUGAUAUCCCGACCAUUUGUACAGUUACUCACCUUUUUCGCCGCAUGGUCCGCGACGGACCGGUUGUUGUAUUCGCGUAUUCCAACCUACCUAUGUUCUAAUUUUCUGUACAUAAUGCCCUUAGUAAUCUAAGAGCCACGGGAAUGCAUCGGUCGUUCAGCAUGUGCAUUCUUUAAAACGCAUUAGUUUGGUUCUUUACCGCACAACAGGACAUGUGGAUUCAAACUUUUACGACACGUACUUUGUGCCAUACGGUCUACCUGGAUGCGUUACUCGAUCCUUUCUGGCUGUCAUACCCAUUAGUUUCAGCCCAGACUCUGAAAUUCGACAAACCGUUGGUAUUUUGCGCGCUUCCACUCUUCAUUUCCCCCUCGCAAGUUACAGAUCUCGCGCACUUACUACUACGCAAUGUCGCCAC